AUGUCGCCAGCACUCACUAUCCAGGGCCCCGACCUGCCCCAUUGGGAGCAGCCGGCUAAGACUUCAGAGAAGUUACCAUGGGCAAACAUCAAAACCAUCGAUUUGAGCACCUUUGAUCAGCCAGGCGGCAAGCAAAAUCUAGCAGCAGAUCUCCGUGACGCAAUCCACGAGACCGGCUUCUUUAGUAUCGUCGGUACCGGCUUCACGGACGAAGAGGUCCAACGACAGUAUGAUAUCGGCCAGGCCUUUUUCAAUAUUCCCCUCGAAGAGCGAACUCGUCCCGAGUACCGGUGUGACUUCGCGAAUGGCAACUACUUUGGUUAUCGCGCUGCGAACGAGAAACAGAUCAAGGGCACCGAGGUCAAGGAUAACGUAGAGUCGUUCAACUUUGCCAAAUUCACCCAGGCAUACGCCGACCAGCCGUUCCAUCCGUUCUUCGAGCCCUUCCGUGCUGAGAUGGCUGAUUUCUCUCGGCGCGCCCUCGGAAUUGCCAGUAAGAUAUUCGAACUCUGUGCAAUCCUCCUCGAACUCCCAGAGGACUAUUUCUCAUCCGGACACCAGUACGACGAGAGAGGCGACGACCACCUCCGAUACAUGAUCUACCACCCGCGUAGCGAGGAGGACGAUGCGAAGGUCGACAACAGCUGGUCGCGUGCGCACACUGACUUCGGGUCCCUGACGCUACUCUGGAACCAGACCGUCGCCGGUCUGCAGCUGAAGACCCCCAGUGGCAAAUGGGAGUACGUCCCACCAGUCGACGGCGGCAUUAUCUGCAACGUCGGCGACACGCUGGACUUCUGGUCUGCAGGGUACCUCAAGUCGACAACUCACCGCGUUGUUCGGCCUCCAAAGGACCAGGAUCACAUUCACCGGCUGGGUCUCUUCUACUUCGUGCGGCCUGGCGACAACGUCGAUAUCAAGCCGGCGCCGUCGCCGCUGCUUAAACGAUUGGGGUUGGUUCCUGAGAACCAGGAAGAAAAAGAGCCGGUCCGUGGUCUUCAAUAUGUGAGGGAGCGGGUGAAGAAUUAUCACAACCAUACCAACUAUGCGGAUAUGACGGGCCAUAAGUUCCGCGUGGGUAACCUUGAGAUUGUGGAUGAGGCCCGAUAA